AUGGCCGGCGCCUCCGUUUCCGGCGCGCCAAAAUCGGCACGGGCAUCUGCGACAGCCUCUGCGUCCGGGUCGGGUCGCCAGGAUGCGGUGCCGCGGUUUGGCGCGUGGUGGACCAUCAUGCGUUCGAUCGGCGACAUGUCGCUUCCCGUCUUCUUCUCGUCGAUCCACGUCUCGAACGCGUCUUUCGUUCCGCCACCCACGACGCCGCUCAUCGUAUGCGCCAACCACAGCAACACGAUCAUCGACGUCGCCGUGCUGGCAUCGCACUUCCCGCACCGGCGUCCGCUGCACUUCUGGGCCAAAGCGGGCUUCUUCAAAAACCCCAUCACCCGAUCCAUCCUCACAUCCUCCGGAAACAUCAAGGUCGACAGACGCAACAAGAACAACCAAGCUCUGUUUCAGGGCACCUUUCGCGCGAUGAAGGCAGGAGGCGCCAUCGCCUUGUUUCCGGAGGGGGGCAGCUAUACGAUUCCCUACGUGGCGGACCUCAAGAUGGGUGCAGCAUGGGCGGCGCUCGAGUACGCGCGGUAUUUGCAGCUCGCAGAGGGUGGGGGGAUGCAGAAGACGCAGGUGGAGAUCCUGCCGACGGCGGUGGUGUUUGACGACAAGAGCAAGUUCCGCUCGCGCGGGCUGCUGCGCUUUGGCAAGCCAAUCCGUCUCGACGCGUACAUCGACGAGUUCCUCUCGGCUCCUUCGCCUUCCGACGAGCCUGCAAGGGGCAGCGCACCGCGCGUCAAGGAGGACGGAACCGUACCUGCAACACCGGAAAGCAUGACGCGGACUAAUACCAGCACGGGCCAGGCGAGCGUGGAGAGCUAUGCGAGCCCGGCGCACCGCGCGGUGGCACGGCUGACGGCCGAUCUGCAGCGCGCCAUCGAGGCACUCACGUUCAACGCGCCGGACUGGGAGACGUUCCAGGCCACGCGCGCCGCGCGCGAGCUGGUGUUCGAGCUCGAACCGGAUACGCUCGCCGAACUGCGCGCGGGGAUGGACGAGCAUGUCGAGGUGUCGCGCGAGUUGAUGGGGCUGCUCACGCAGCAAGGCGAGGCGAGCACGGCGGCGCGGCGUGCGCUGUUCGUGUAUGCGUGCAUGCUGCAUCUGUGCGAUGUGGACAACCUCACUCUCGCGCGCGUCCUGCGACGCUCUCCCGCCGGCUGGGGGAGCGGACUGUGGUCCACCGUGCGGGCUAUGGCGUUGCGCCUGCCACUGUACAUACCCGUAUUCGGACCUACGCUCGUGCCGAUGUACCUGGCCCCGCGGGCGGUGGCGCACCACUUUGCUCGACGCGAAGAGGAGAGUCUGUCGAGCGUCAAGACGCUCGUUGGCUUUGUAUUCACCUCGACCCUGUAUGCUGCGCUGGUGGUCAAGACGAUGCAGUGGACGCGCUGGACACCUCCCGGUCUGCUUGUCGGCAUCGCAGCCGUGUGGUGGCUGCACGACCUGAAUCGCAGCAACAUCGACACGGCCUAUGGCCUCGUCAAGCAGCUUCGUCUCGGAUGGCGACUGUGGCGGGCCAAGCCUUCAAGCGCGUCCACCCAGCGCACGAGAAAGAGCGGGAGGAGCAUGUUCUUUUACGGCACGCUUGUGCAUCCGCGCAUCUUGGCGCGCGUGAUCGGCAGUGCGGGCGCGCACGUGCGCGUGCAGAAUGCGGUGCUGGACGGUGCCACGCUCUACCACGUGCGUGGCGAAGAGUACCCCGGCCUAGUGCGUACGCCGACGGGGAUGGUCAAGGGCACGCUCGUUACGGGGCUGACCGAUGCCGACGUGCAGUGCCUCGAUGCCUUUGAGGGCGACGAGUACGUGCGUAUGCGCGUCGGCGUUCUCCCAGACCCGUCCGCACGGGUCGAGUGCAACGAGACGCGCAUCGCCAACGCCGGCGCUGCACCUCUCCACGCCGUGCUAUCCAGCCUGACGAGCGAAAGGAUGGAGCAGGUGCGAGCGCGGGGUGAGGCGGUGGAGGAUGUCGAGGUUGCGGGGCGGGAAAAGCUCGAGGAGCGCGUGUGGGAGUUCGACGUCUUUGCGCGCGAACAUGCGGCGCGCUGGAUCGGCGAGGGCGCCCAAGCCGAGCACGAGCACGAGUACCAAGUCGUCGACGCUGUCCAGGCCAACAUCACUGCCACGCAGACGAUGACCUCCACACCCCCCGGCGAGACGCCACCAGCGGCGGGCAAGGCGUGGAUCGAGUCGGCUGCAUCGAGCUUGUCUAGCGACGUGGGGAUCCAGGAGGCGAUUAGGUGCGUGUGCGGACAGCUGAGCGAUAAGCCCAGCAUCCAGUUCUACGUCGAUCGUGCCUUUGCGCCGCGCAAACGUCCGUCGCUCUCCAGCCCGGCGCUACUGGCCGCGCUGCUGGCUGCACGCCAACAGGCGCGCGAUGCUCUGCAGAGCCUCGUCGAUUCCAUCGCCCCCGACACUGGCGCGCUCGACACCCUCAUUGCGGCCCACGCCCGAGCGUUGCACUCUCACCACCUCCAGGUCCAACCGCACUGGCCCUUCACCCCCGCCCAGUACGCUGCAACCCGCACAGAGCCCAAGAAAUCCAUCUAA